GAGUAACAUGUUACAAAUAUGUAACACGGGAUUUAUCAAUUAUACUGUGUAUUUCGAUUUCCUGUUACAUAAGCUUAGACGUCCUCAAAGAGUCCUACUUAAAUACCAAAGUCAUCAAAUUCCCCGCGGGUAUCUACUACCAGUAGAAUCGUUUCUCCAGUCUCAUCAAGGUCAGUUGCAGAAAUAUCUCAAUUGACACAAAGAAACCAAUCACAAUGGCGGAGAAAUCUCUCGAACUUCUUGCUUCCUCGAUAAAGCAGUUGGCAUCCGAGGUGCAAGAUGCUCAUCAUAGGGGCAGUGAGGAUUCAGAGGCAUUCGAAAAACUUAUUGAUGCAUUGGAUGAUAUGCGAGCAGAUCUCGUAGGUCCUAUGCAAUGGCUUGGAACACUCUUCGCUCCUCCUGACUACGCAGCUCUUCAGACUGCCUUUCUCCACCAUGUUUUUGAACACGUUCCAACUGAUGGGAAAGAUACUGCAAGCGCUUCGAUUCAUGUCAAAGAUUUAUCUGAAUUGGUUGAAAUCCCUGUAUAUAUCCUUCUUCGUAUCAUGCGUCUUCUUGCUACCAACAAGAUAUUUCUCGAAAUAGACAAAUGUGUUUUCUGCCAUACAACUUUGUCAGCAGGUAUGGUAGAUGCAAUGGUUUCUGCUCGUCUAGGGAGUUUUUUCAAUGAUAUUUUCAAGGCAUCUUCGAGUCUUUCAGAUGCUAUUGAUGCGGGAAAGAGAAGUGCUUGGGAAGUUAGAUUUGGAAUGCCUAUGUACGAAUAUCUUGAGAAGAUUCCCGAGUCUGACAGAGAGCUUAUGGCUAAGUCAAUGACUCUUUCUUCAACCAAGGAGAUUGAAGAUCUAUCUAUCAUUUUUCUCCGGGAGAAAUUCAACAAGAUUGUGGAUAUUGGCGGUAGCGCCGGCCACUUUGCUGUUCAUUUAGCAAAGGCAUAAGCUUUCAUUUCCUCUACCAUUCGAUCUGUGACUAAAAACAACAUAGAAAUUUUCGCAUCUCCAAACCGUUAGCCAAGAUCUUCCCA